AUGGGUUGUCGUUUCCUCGAAACUUUAAACAUUAAGCUUGUAAAAAAAGUGUUAGAUAUGGGCUGUGGAACAGGGGAACUAACAAAAUAUAUCGCAGAGAAAGUUGGGAAUCUCGGUGAAGUGGUUGGUAUUGACCCAGACCAUGCAAGGGUUAAGCUUGCUCAAGAAAAUAUGAAGACGGUUUCGAACGCAAGUUUUCUCGUUGGAACUAGUGAGUCUAAAUUUCUAAACGAUAAUCAAGAUUACUACGAUAUUCAUUUCAGUAAUCAUGCUUAUCACUGGUUGAACAAUAAGGAUAAAGCGACUUAUGUUAAAGUGGCUUUCCGAUGUCUCAAACAAGGAGGUUUGAUUGCUAUACAAUGUAUAGCAGAACUUGAUGAUGACAUUGAUAAACGCUUGUUUGAAAAUGCACUCGGUAGGCCUGUGUCAGCCAAGGUUCAUUAUGCUGAAGAGGGCUCUGCAAGACAAUUAUUGAGUGACGUCGGGUUUACUGAGGUUGAUGUCAAGAUUAUUCCUUCAGUAACGUAUUAUAGUUCAUUCCAAAUUUUUGCUGAUUCCUUCCUUGCAAUUACUAAAACAAAUAUUAACGAUGUGCCCAAUAAGGAAUUGUUGACAGAGUUCAAAUUGAAGGCAAUCGAGAAAGAUGGGAGAGUAAAGUCAAAAUAUAAUCUGGUUCAAAUUAAGGGACGAAAACGAUAA